UAACGAUAUGCAUUUGUAAUCACUCAUAAAAUUUACUGGCUGUUUGUUUUUUUAACAUUUUCUCUCUGUUUCACGUUUUAGCAUUUUAAUGUUAUGAAUAAAUACAAGACUUUUCAAGAUGUAAUACUGCUCUGAUUAACCUACUGUACUUUCAGAAUGAUUCAUAAGUUAUUUUUGUACGCCCAUAUUAUUUAUUCGGCUUAUGCAGCGGGUAAUUCUAACCGCGGUGAUGUUGUUAUUACGAGCCGGGAUUCCGUUCCCUCUUCGGGUUCUCCUCGUUAACAACAACAACAGCUUCCGUACCGUCGAAUAAGAACGGUGUAUUCAGUCUCAAUAACGGGGUGAAAAGCAAAUAUCAGCCACCUAUUUUCAGUAACUCGUUCAAAUGGCUGUAUACACCAGUAAGUCCACCGGUGUCCUCCACAACCAGCAGUACGGCUCCCGUUCAGACAACGGGUUCGCCUGGACCUCCGUUCGGAUCGCCGGGAUUAACAGGACUGCAGUCGGUGGGUGCAGCAAACGGGGGCAGUCGCAUCCUGUUGAAAACUGAUGAUCUGAUAUCGGCUACGCAGAACAAUGACAACGUUCGCCGAACAGCAACCACCACCACACUUCCGCCACAACCAACAAUAGUCUGGAAUUCUGGCGACCCUACCACCUAUAAGCCGGCAAUGUCGACCGUCACGGAUCCACCUCAGACAAGUGCUCCAACGUCUCCACUAAGUCUUUCUUCCCUUAAUCAAAAUAUCGACGGAGGAUUAUCGUCGUCUGGAAGUGGACAAACCGUGACUCAAGAGCAAUCGUCACAGCCUAAAACGGUACCAAAGCAAGCGAGGAAAUCUUCUGGUCCACAGAAAUCUGCCUUCAUAUCUCCAGCUGAUUUGCUGAGCAUACCGGUGCAAUCGGCUCCCGAAAUUUCGAUUAAUCCAGUGGAGACAUCUCUAUCACCAGUGUUCACGACUUCAACCAUUCCUGUUGUUACUGAGAAGCCGAAGCCGAAAAGCUCGAAUCGCUCGCAAAGCUUCCAAAAAGUUCGCUCACACUUUUCAGCCGCGCAACUUGUUGACCAAUUCGUAGCGGGAAACAGGCGUGCGCAUUCCGCCGAGCGGACAUCGGCCCAGUCAAACAGCAGCAAUAUCACAACCGAUUCGCGGUCUAAUGAAAUACCAAAUAAGCCGCAACUGAAAAAAGAUUUUCCGGCUAACAACGUUAACAAUGCUACCGUUCCGCCUGGAUUAAUCGAAAGUACUACUACCACAACCGCAGCAAAAGCGGCAAACAAAACUGACCAACCGCUGAAGGCACUGGACUCCAACAUUGUUUUUACGACGACAGUGAGGUCAACCACACCGAAUGGGAUAACCACCGCACCGCUCCUGCAGCAAUGGCUACAUCUUUAUUGUUGGCAGUUCAAAUAUCCAGGAUAUCCGCUUUGUGUCGAUUACCUGAAUAUUGGCUCCACAGGUUCCACUGGAGCUUUAAAAUUUGCGGGUGGUUCGUGCCCGAUUAGCCAGUUUAAAUGUGACAACGAGAACUGCGUUUACCGUAGCAUGUUGUGUGAUGGUCGCGAUGAUUGCAAGGACAAUUCGGACGAAGGACCUCUGGCGAAAUGCGGUAAAGCGGUAAACAACAGCAACACCACGACCGUUGCACCGGCAGAUAGCGUUACGGAGAUUGUUUUCAACGGAACGUUUCUAGCCACAGCGGACCAACUGGCAGAGAUUUUCGCUCAAGCGAAUAAGCCUCAGAAUCAGGGAUCAAGGGUAAUAUUUCUCCAUGACCUCGCAGGAAAUCUUGGGAAUCUAACGAUAAAAAUUUGAAAAUCGAUUGCCAAUUCUGUAUCCGGCCUGCUUACCGGUUUACCUUACGCUGUGUAUGUUUCUGCAGACUUUGCUGAAAACUGUUGAUAUAAAUGCGACAACCAUGUAACUAAGAAAUUUGCGCACGUAUCUAUU